CGCAGCUGUCCUUUCUAAGGAGCAACCUUCUACGUGACUGUCCCGCGCGGACCCCCCGGGGAACAAAGCACUAUCCCAUAUCCCUAUAUGUCAUCUUCUCCACAAACUACAGGCCAUAUAUGGAUUAUCUGCUUUAUUAAUUUCAGUCUCAGUGGGAAGUGAGUGACUAUGGCCCCAGCAUCACAAGUUAUUACAUGCAAAGGGGCAGUAUGGUGGGGAGGCGGAGAAAACGAUGUGACGGUGGAAGACAUACAAGUGGAUCCUCCUAAACCAACUGAAGCUCGAGUCAAGAUGAUCUGUGCCAGUAUCUGCCACACCGACCUCCUUAGGGCCUCAGGAUUUCCAAUCCCUUUGUUUCCUCGAGUUUUGGGGCAUGAAGGGGUUGGUAUUGUUGAGAGCGUUGGGGAGAAAGUAACAGCUGUAGAAGUUGGCGAUGUUGUGAUCCCAACAUCUGUUGGUGAAUGUCAAGGAUGUGAGAACUGCAUUUCAAGGGAAUCCAACCUGUGCCUGAAAUACCCUCUUACAUUAAAUGGCUUAAUGCUGGAUAACACUUCAAGGAUGUCCAUAAGAGGUCAAAAGAUAUUCCAUCUCUUUAGUUGUUCCACAUUUGCAGAGUACAUGGUGACUGAAGAAAAUUACCUCGUCAAAGUUGAUCCUAACAUUGACCCAGCCCAUGCUGCCUUCAUCUCAUGUGGGUUCUCAACUGGUUUUGGGGCUGUUUGGAAGGAAGCCAAAGUUGAAAGUGGAUCAUCCGUUGCUGUUUUCGGCCUUGGUGGUGUUGGUUUAGGGGCUAUAAGCACAGCGAAAAUGAUGGGGGCAACUAAGAUAAUUGGGAUUGACAAAAAUGAAAUGAAGAAGGAGAAAGGAGAAGCUUUUGGAAUGACAGAUUUUAUCAAUCCUAAUGCAUCUGAUAAAUCAGCAUCAGAAUUGGUGAAGGAACUAAGUGGUGGAAUGGGUGUGGAUUAUUCCUUUGAGUGCACUGGAGCUGCCCCUUGUCUUACUGAAGCCCUGCAAGCCACGAAGUUGGGGAAAGGAAAGACAAUAGUAAUUGGUUCAGUAACUGAAGAAUUUGUGCACAUCAACUUUCGCUCACUUUUAUUUGGGCGAACCUUAAAAGGCUCUGCUUUUGGAGGGCUAAAACCCAAAUCUGACCUUCCUUUCGUGGUUGACAAAUGCCUGAAAAAGGAGUUCCCUCUUCAUGAACUUCUAACUCAUGAAGUGUCAUUGACAGAUAUAGACAAAGCUUUGGAGCUGUUAAAACAACCAGAUUGUGUCAAAGUUGUGAUUAGGAUGUAAAUAUGACAUUGUUGUAAAUUGUGUGUGGUUUGUAUUUGAAUGCCAAUCCUAGUAACGUAGUUUUAAUCAAGCAGACCUUACGAUAGUCAUUUGGAUUAAUACAUCUAACUCUGCAAUCUUUUUCUCCU